CUAACACCGAUAAUAUUUUCCGUUAGAUCGCGCUGUAUUUCAAUAAAUAUUGAUAUCUAUUCGAUAUUUCGAUGAUAAUUGUUUGAUAAUCAUUUUGAUUUUUGGCGCAACUUUGAACUUAUCUUCAACAGUUUAACUGCAUUCAGUCUAUAUAGUGUAUAGUGUAUACCUUUGCACUUUGCACUUUGCACUUCUUUUCAUAUUCAUUAUUCAUACUUAGAAAUUCUGAAAAAAUGCCUAGUUGUUAUGUGUGUAAGCGGUCUAGAAAUUCCACUUCGAAAUUGCAAGAUAUUACGUUUCACAAGUUUCCUACUAAUCAGGCAAUAAGAGAAAAAUGGUAUGAUUUUGUGAUUGAAAAUGGUUUAAAGGUGGAUAGUAUCAAUAAGUAUAGUAUAAUGUGUUCGAGUCAUUUUGAUGCUUCUCUGUUUUUCUUACACAAAAACACUAGAAAUCUAUGCAAAAAUGCUGUUCCUAAUAUCAUAAUAUCCAGAGUGAUAAACGCAAAAAAUUUCUAUCCUGAAAUUAGUAAAGUUGGUCAGUCAAGCUCUUUUUUUCUUGAAGCAUUGUCAGAUGUUUCUAUGCAGUCAAAUUCUAGUACUCUCAGUUCCAAUCAAAGUGUGUAUGUAAAAAAACCUACUAUUGUAGGAGCUGUAGUUAAUGAUACAUGUUGUGAAGGAGUGUCAGUAUUAUAUGAAAAUUCUCCAGUACAAUCGCCUACUUACGAGAUUGAUCGUGAAAAACUGUCGAUAUCACCUAAAGAAUCAUUACAGUUAGAUGUUUUUAUGCAGCCAAAUACAAGUAAUAUCAGUUCCACACAAUAUGUGAAUGUAAAAAAACCUACUAUUGUAGUAGCUGGAAAUGAUAUAUGUUGUGAAGGAGUGUCAGUAUUAGAGGAAAAUUCUCCAGUCCAGUCAGAUCAAGAAUCAUUUUUAAACUCUCUCAUUACAUUGAAAAAUAAAGGAGGCAAUAAUGGAGGACUAAAUUAUCCUAGUGACGACGUCAUUACUAUUUGCUUACAAACAGAAAAAUUCCUCAAAUCUUUUAACUACGAAAAUCAUCAAGUAUUCAGCAAACUUGGAUAA